CUGUCCUCUAGUGUUUGCCUCCUUCAUCCCCUUUUCUUUUGGAUUUGCAUUUUAUGCUUCCCAAUCUUUCUCUCUCCUCUCCCCUCUCUCUCUCCCCCUCUCUCUCUUACCAUUAAUGGCGGACCACUUGCUACGCCCCUUCCCUCUCCCUACUGCUUGAUUUCCGCCAUUGUUACUCUUUCUCUCUCCUCCGAUCGACGUUUUUUUUACGCUUUCAGAAUUUUGGAUAUAUUAAUCAUUAAAUUUUCUGAUUAUCGAGAUAAGUUGGAGUUGUAAUUUAGAAGAUGGAGCAGUAUGAUGUUCUAGAGCAAAUUGGAAAGGGUUCUUUCGGUUCUGCUCUUCUUGUAAGGCAUAAGCAUGAAAGGAAGAAAUAUGUGCUGAAGAAGAUCCGUCUAGCUCGCCAAACAGAAAGGACUAAAAGAUCUGCUCAUCAGGAGAUGGAGCUCAUUCGUAAGAUACGGCAUCCAUUCAUUGUGGAGUACAAAGAUUCUUGGGUUGAGAAGGGUUGCUAUGUGUGCAUUAUCAUUGGAUACUGUGAAGCGGGUGACAUGGCAGGAGCUGUAAAGCGUACAAAUGGUGUCCAUUUUUCAGAAGAGAUUCUCUGUAAAUGGCUUGUUCAACUGCUUAUGGCUCUUGACUACUUGCAUAGGAAUCAUAUUCUUCAUCGCGAUGUGAAGUGUUCAAAUAUAUUCUUGACGAAGGAGCGGAACAUACGUCUUGGUGAUUUUGGACUUGCAAAGAUGCUGACUUCGGAUGAUCUUGCAUCCUCUGUUGUUGGUACUCCCAGCUACAUGUGUCCUGAGCUUCUUGCGGACAUACCUUAUGGCUCGAAAUCAGACAUUUGGUCAUUGGGUUGUUGUAUUUAUGAAAUGGCUGCCCUCAAGCCUGCUUUUAAGGCAUUUGACAUGCAAGCACUGAUCAGUAAAAUUAGCAAGUCAACUGUAGCACCUCUUCCAGCCAAAUAUUCUGGAGCAUUUCGAGGUCUUAUCAAAAGCUUGUUGCGGAAGAACCCAGAACUUAGGCCCAGUGCAGCUGAGUUGCUAAGGCACCCCCUACUUCAACCCUAUGUUGAAAAGAUUCAUCUCCAAACUAGGAAUCCUAGGUGUGAUGCCAUAGAUGAUAACUGGGAUGAUACUGAUUCUAAUUGCAUAGACAAAGCUACAUUACCAGAAGCAGAAGAUGAAAGGACAAUAGAUCCCAGUAUAUCAGAAGCUGAACUUGAUUCCUUUUACACUGAUGACAGAAUAAAACCUACCUUGUCUGAUCUGGAACGGAGGUUGGCUAAGUUAAAAGCUCAAGAUCCCUUUAGGAGAGUGGCUGCUACCAAACAAGUUCCUUCAAAAGCUUCCAAUGAUGCAAGGAAUCCCAGAUUAUCACGAGCAAAAACAUUUGGUACAUCCAAAAGACGACCAGAAUUGUCUAAAAAUCAACAAUCGCCUUCUUCAAGGACUCCUGUGAAACGAUCUGUUUCUGUAAACCGCACGCGCAGAGCAUCUAUGCCGUUAUCUACUAGAGCUGCAACUUAUGAAUCACCUUGCAGACCUAGUGUGGACAUCCUAAAGAGAAUAAAAUCUCCAGAUAUUUCAGUCAACUCACCUCGAAUUGACAAGAUAGCAGAAUUCCCACUAGCGUCAUAUGAGGAGUCGUUCUUCCUAAAGCAAAGGAGUUCAUUGGUCUCUAGACAGGGUUCAUCAUCCCCAGUUUAUGGUGGUUGUUCCAUCACCAAGGAUAAAUUCUCAGUUCAGUUAGGAAUGUCCAACAAGAACUUUGAUGGAAUGUGGCAGAGUAUUAGGGACAACAAGGUAAAAGGAGAACAAAAGGAUAAUGGUAAUUCCUCAGAUCAAAAUGCUACAGCUGGUGCUUCGAGCCAUGCUUCAUCAGAUAUGAGGCGCAAUCGGUUUGACACAUCCUCUUAUCAACAGCGGGCAGAAGCAUUGGAAGGGUUGCUUGAGUUCAGCGCAAAAUUGUUGCAACAAGAUAGGUUUGAUGAACUUGGUGUGUUGUUGAAACCAUUUGGACUAGAGAAGGUUUCUCCUAGGGAAACUGCUAUCUGGUUAUCCAAAAGUUUUAAAGAGACCUCACCGAAGCAGGAAAGUUAGUUAAGCACUCAGAGUGAGGAAGUUUAGUUUGUUUAGUUUGUCAAUACUGGUUUCAUCUGUUCCCGGCGUUUGGAAGUACUCCAGUGAGGGCCUGCUGCUGCUGAUACCACUUGUUGACAGGUUUUCAAGCAUAUGCAACUGUUAAUAAUUUUGACCUCUCCCAUCUUUUAGAAAUGACGGAGGAUAGAGGAUCAUCGAUCCAAAUUCACAUUUAACUUUUUCUUUUUCCUUUACCUUUGUCAGUUGUAACCAUCAUCUUGACAAACGUGACAAUUCUUUCAGAUAUACCUAAUUCUUUUGGUUUGUUCAUUUGUUAGAAAAGUAUCUAAUUUAUCUCUAUGUUUGUAAACUGAGCAAUUCUUACUUCUGUAAUUUAUAUGCUGGACCUUCUCAUUGUACAUACACAUUUUAUGUUGUUAAAUUCUUGUGUUUCUGUA